UUAUUCGAAAUCUUCUUGUCUUGAGUGCGGGUUAACUUAACACUUACAAGUUACAACUGUUAGUUUGUUGUGAAACGUUAUUGUAUGCGGUCGUGUGGAAUAUUACAUACCUAGUUUUUUUAUAAACACGUGGUCUUCGUUAAAGACAUGAUUGUAGCUGAGGCUUGGAAGUCGAACUACCUUUACUGGCUACUCCCCGCCGUUCUACUCAUCGGUCUACUUGCCAUACUCGGUCUACUCUUACUAUUCUUUCUACUACGCCUCUACGCCAAGCUGACCUGUGGAAGGUACAGGGAAGACACCAGGAUGGAUGGGAAGACGGUGAUUGUGACGGGCUGUACCAGUGGAAUAGGCAAGGAAACUGCUAAAGAGUUGGCCAAACGAGGCGCCAAGGUCAUCAUGGCUUGCCGGAGUUUGGAUAAAGCUGAGAAAGUCAAAGACGAAAUCAUCGAAGCAACAAAAAACAGCAACGUCAUCAUCAAAAAACUGGACCUAAGUUCUUUCGCAUCCAUAAGAUCCUUUGCCCAAGACAUCAACAAAACCGAAAAAUCUCUAGACGUCUUGAUCCACAACGCGGGGUACGCAGAAUCCUUCAAGAAGGCCAAAUCCGAAGACGGGAUAGAGUUAACUAUGGCCACGAACCAUUAUGGACCAUUUCUAUUGACCCAUCUCCUCAUAGAUUUGCUGAAAAAGAGUGCUCCGUCUCGAAUAGUAGUUGUUGCAUCAUCUUUAUAUCGAUUGGCAUCCGUGAAUUUGGAAAAUCCGAAUCCUUUAACAUUAAACCCAGCGUAUUUAUACUACGUGUCUAAGGAAGCAAACAUUUUGUUUACCCGGGAACUAGCGAGGAGGUUGGAAGGUACAGGGGUGACAGCGAAUUGCUUGCACCCAGGUUUGAUUGACAGUGGAAUUUGGAGGAAUGUCCCAGCACCGUUAAGUUGGGGGUUGUCUUUGAUCAAGUAUUGUUUCUUCAAAACGCCAGUCGAAGGUUGUCAAACAUCAGUAAUGUUGGCGGUGGAUGAGAAGUUAACGAAGGUUAGUGGCAAGUACUUUUCUGAUUGUCAAGAAAGUACGCUGUCAAGUUCGGCAAGCGAUAUGGGUAGGGCUCGGAAGCUUUGGGAAAUUUCUGAGAAGAUGGUCAAAUUGGAAGAGGGUGACCCUAAGAUCUAAGGCGCAAUGGACACCGGCAGAGUGGAGUACGACUGUAUGUUUAUGUUGGCCAGUAUUUUUAUAUUUAUAAAAUAAUUCGUUCAAUGUCGUAAAUUUUCUUAUUCGUAAACGUAGAACUGUCUAAAAAACUGAAUAGGUGCAAAAAAGGUAUUUUUUAGUUCAGCUACAAAUUAGCAAUUGACUGCAAUUUCAUUUGGUGGUAAGUGAUGAUAUACCUAGUCUAAGAUGGAAGCGGGUUAGCCUGGAAGGGAUAUGGCAGUUUUUAAAUAAACCCAUACUCUUUGGUUUCUACACGGCAUCGUACUGGAACGCUAAAUCGCUUGGUGGCACUGCUUUGCCGGUAGGGUAACUAGCCAUGGCCGAAGCCUCACCAGACCAGACAAAAUUUUGAAAUUAAGUAUAAAAUUCCAUAUGUUCCCUGCCGUCAUCCGGGUCAUAAGUUAACCGAAUCGUUUCAUGAGAAAAAUUCGACCCCCAAACCCCCCCCCCCCUCUCCCCCCCCCCCGAAACUUUGGUCAACUUUAACCGCCCGUCAUGCAACUGAGCCUUAUUUAAUUUACCUACCUACAUGAAAAUUGUAUUGUUUAAUUAUUUAUAAGUUAAUUUAAACUGUGUUUUAGCAUAAGACCUAUAAGAUUAUAAUAAUUUUUUAACAAUAUUUCCCUGCUUAGAACGAUACUCUACCAGCUAUUUCGUUGUGUUGUAAAAUUGUGUUUAAUCAAUGAUUUUAGCAUAUUGAUCUUUUGUUUUUAGGGAUAAGUAUUUUAUAUUAAUAAAAUAAUAAUAAAAUGAA